UUCGUCCUUCCGUUCCAUUUCGCACCAUUUCUGCCGACCUCCUGCAACCAGCCCUCCCCCCUCUUCCCUCCUGAUCCAUGGCGACGCCGCCGCCCGCUCCCGAUCGCGCCGCCUUCUUGACCGCGCUCGUCUCGCUGGCGUUGGUUCUGGCCUCGGAGUCGCGGGUCUGCUGCGGGUUCGCGACGUUCGGGUUCGAUGUGCACCACCUGUUCUCGGACCCUGUGAAGGGAGUGUUGGCGGUCGAUCGGUUGCCCGAGAAGGGAAGCUUGGAGUACUACAAGGUCAUGGCUAUGCGCGACCGGGCCAUCCACGGCCGUCGGCUCGCCGCGGCGUCGUCAUCGUCGUCCGGUAACCAGACGGUUCUGACUUUCUCUAGCGGCAACGAGACGAUUCUGUCACCUUAUUUGGGAUAUUUGCACUAUGCCAAUGUUUCGGUCGGGACCCCGAGUUUAUCCUAUUUGGUGGCUCUAGACACGGGCAGUGAUCUGUUCUGGUUACCCUGUGACUGCAAAAGUUGCGUAAAUGGCCUCAAGACAUCAUCUGGACAGACAAUAGAUUUCAACAUUUACAGUCCUAAUGCGUCAUCAACAAGUGCAGAAGUACCCUGCAACAGCACAAUGUGUGGACAACGGUCACAAUGCUCUUCAGCUCUUAGCAGUUGUGACUAUCAGGUUGUUUAUCUUUCCAAUGGUACCUCGUCUACUGGGAUUUUGGUGGAAGAUGUAUUGCAUUUGACGACAGACGACAAUCAAUCAAAGGCUGUCAAUGCUAAAAUCACAUUUGGUUGUGGUCAGAUUCAAACUGGUUCUUUCUUGGAUGGUGCUGCGCCAAAUGGUCUCUUUGGGCUUGGCAUGACUAACAUGUCUGUUCCUAGCAUUUUGGCUGAAGAAGGACUUACUUCAAAUUCAUUUUCAAUGUGCUUUGGACCUGAUGGAAUUGGAAGAAUUAGUUUUGGAGACAAAGGCAGUUCAGACCAAGGAGAGACACCAUUCAACCUUAGGCAAUCACAUCCAACUUACAACAUUACCCUUACUCAAAUAAAUGUGGGAGGAACUGCUCAAGAUGUCGAAUUUAGUGCAAUUUUUGACUCUGGUACCUCAUUCACAUAUUUGAAUGACCCAGCUUACACGUUCAUUGGGGAGACUGUAAGUUCUUUACUGCUCUAUUUCAGACUACCAUAUGGACAUACCUACCUCUGUUCAUCCUGUUUACAGAGUACUUGUUAUGUGCAGUUCAAUUCCUUGGCCCAAGAAAAGCGACAUUCUUCAGACUCCAGUAUUCCAUUUGAGUAUUGUUAUGAUUUGAGCCCAAACCAGAGUAGCUUUGAAACUGCAACAUUGAAUAUGACCCUGAAAGGUGGAGAUCAGUUUUAUGUCACCAAUCCCAUAGAAGUAAUAUCUGAUCAGGCCUCCUCCAUAUAUUGUCUUGCUCUAGUCAAAAGUGGAGAUGUGAAUAUAAUCGGACAGAACUUCAUGACGGGUUAUCGCAUAGUUUUCGAUCGAGAGAGAAUGGUGCUUGGCUGGAAGUCAUCCAACUGUUAUAGUGCAACAGAUUCCAGCACAUUACCAAUCAGCCCAACAAAUUCUAGCCCUCCCGCCAUUGCCGUCAAUCCGCAGGAUACUUCAGGCAGUGGGAAUAAUUCUGUAGCAGGCAAUUCGUCCUCCUCUAUGUCAAUCCAUUCACAUCUGAUUCCUUUUAUCUGUACAUUCGUGAUGAUUCUUUUCCCAAUUUUGGCUAUUGUUUGAUCAUUUUUCCCCAUUCCUGUUCCUCCUUGUCCCUUGUGUCAUGUAUAUCGAUAUUAGGCAUUUGUUUAGAUACAUUGUUAUUGAGAGAUAUAUAUUGGGUUCAUUGGCAUACUUACGAGGGACAUCGCACUGUAAAUAUUUCUCGAUUGCUAAU